AGGCUUCAGCGAUAAGGGUGAUACUGUAUCACAUGGGGCGGACUGUUUGGCGCGUCACGCAGAUGUCAGUAUAUCAAACAGUUAUCAUAUGAGCAUGUGACGCUGGGUGGUUGAACGUCUAGAGCUUGGAUUCUGCACAACCCUUGGCCUGAACAACCCCCAGUACAGGCCAUCCAAAGCAGGGAUACAUUCAGUGUCUCCAGAGACUUGACCUUGAUGCAGAUACGAUGGAAUCCCUGUAUGUGAAGAUUGUGUCAAUAUGUGUCAUAUUCCUCGUCACCUUCCUCGGCGGAGUCCUCCCCUUUCUGUUGCUCGUGAAACUCAUAAAGAAGAAGACGUCUGCUGGCGACAAGUUACCUUUGCUGCAGAGUUUCGCCGGGGGAAUAUUUCUGGCCACGUGUCUUGUGCAUCUUCUCCCCGAAGCACGGAAAGCUAUGAAACGUGCCUUCCCAGACGUUGAGUAUCCUGUCGCUGAGGCGUGUAUUGGAAUCGGCUUCCUCAUGAUGUAUGUGACGGAGAACCUUCUGACAGUGUGUAAAGAACACUCAGUGAAGUCCGACAACACAGUCACUGUCAAUUACAGUAAGAAUCCUCCAGCCCCUGGAGUCGCCAAAAAAGAUUACAGUAACCCUCACGUCAUUCGCUACGGAUCUGUGGAGGAAUCUGACAGUGAAGGUCUGCUGACGUCCAACGCCAGUAACGGAGAUUUGAACAACUCCAGUGACGACGAGAGUUCUUCGAAACUAGACAGCGGAGUGGCUGACAUCCAAGUCUCAGUGCAGAACAAUACCUCCAGUAAACCAGAGCCAGUCGCCACCAACAGCUUCCGCUCCUUUGUCCUGUUGAUUGCAUUGUCUCUGCAUACAGUGUUUGAUGGCUUUGUGAUAGGUAUACAGACUAGUACCGAUCUAAUGUGGACAUUGCUGGUGGCUAUGAGCUUCCACAAAGCUCUGGUAGCGUUCAGCCUGGGUCUCAGUUUUGUAGAGUCCCAUGCCACGAACCCCCGCUCAGCAGUACUAUAUCUCAUCUUCUUCUCUUGUGUGGCGCCUCUGGGAGCAGGCGUGGGGACCGCCAUCACGGAGAGCAGGCUGAGUACUGAGGGUCAAGCAUAUGCCGCGGGCUUCCUGCAGUCGAUGGCUUGCGGAACCUUUAUGUUUGUUACCUUCUUCGAGUGCCUGAAGUUAGACCUGUCCGGGAGACAACAUCUCAUAAAGGUGUUGCUGGUCAUUGUAGGAUUUGGCUGUGUUGCCGGUCUGAGGUUUGCCUUAAGCGACGGAUAACAGGUUGGAAUAUUUGAACUCGUUCUAAUAAUCAUGAUCCUCGCUAUGUCUCAAUGUUGGUUCACGGACCUUUCGUCUAAAGCGCGCGAUACUCUGUGUGGAAUUACGUGGUGGACUCCAAUCAUCGUGCGUGGAAUAGUAUGAUGCCAACAGAUUGUCGGACUACAAGGGCAUUGCCAACAGAUUGUCGGAGUACAGGGACAUUGCCAACAGAUUGUCGGACUACAAGGACAUGGACACUUUGCCAACAGAUUGUCGGAUUUAUUUCCUUGUUUCAAUGGUGCAAUGGUGUAUUACCUUCUCGUGGAUAUAUAAAGAGGCACGCAGUCAGUGUUUACAACACAUGAUCAAUUUCAUUCUUCAUUUCAAAGUACUAGUUUCACAUGAACAACGCGUCAUCGGCCUACAUUGAACUCCAGUGACGGUGAACUGAUUGUGUAUGUAUGGCAGUCAUUAUAUAUCCACAAAUGCGAGUGUUACUAUCUAUACCUGUAAAUACAACUGUCUAAAGCAGAUGUUGAUGCGUCUGUCUCAGAACUACAACACAUCACGAUUCCUGUAGUUGUACAGUAUUCUGAUGUACCGAAGACAAACAGCCACCUUCGAAACAGGCCCGUGUUACGCUCUUGCGUAGGUCAAGCGAGAAUUCAGAAAACAGUCACCUUCCCAAACAUUCCCCGUGCCACGCUCUUGCGUAGGUAUAGUGGUGCUUCAGAAAACAGUCACCUUCCCAAACUUGCGUAGGUAUAGUGUCGAGAAUUAAGGAAACAAUCACCUUCCCAAACUUGCGUAGGUAUAGUGCCGAGAAUUUAAGUAACAAUCACCUUCCCAAACUUUCUCCGUGUCAUGCUCUUGCACAGGUAUAGUGAGAAUUUAGGAAACAAUCACCUUCCCAAACUUUCUCCGUGUCACGCUCUUGCACAGGUAUAGUGAUAAUUUAGGAAACAGUCACCUUCCCAAACUUACCCCGUGUCAUGCUCUUGCAUAGGUAUAGUGAGAAUUUAGGAAAUAGUCACCUUCCCAAAUUUUCCCCGUGUCAUGCUCUGGAGUAGGUAUAACGAGAAUGCAGGAAACAGUCACCUCCCAAACUUUCCCUGUGUCAUGCGCUUGCGUAGGUAGAGUGAGAAUUUCGGAAACAGUCACCUUCCUAAACUUUCCCCGUGUCACGCUCUUGGGUAUGUAUAGCAGUGCUUUAGGAAACAGUCACCUUCCCAAACUUUCCCCGUGUCAUGCUCUUGCGUAGGUAUAGUGAGAAUUUACGAAUCAAUCACCUUCCAAAACUUUCCCCGUGUCACGCUCUGGCGUAUGUAUAGCAGUGCUUUAGGAAACAGUCGCCUUCCCAAACAUUCCCUGUGUCAUGCUCUUGCGUAAGUAUAGCAGAGCUUUAGGAAACAGUCACCUUCCCAAACAUUCCCUGUGUCAUGCUCUUGCGUAGGUAGGUAGUGAGAAUUUCGGAAACAGUCACCUUCCUAAACUUUCCCCGUGUCACGCUCUUCGGUAUGUAUAGCAGUGCUUUAGGAAGCAAUCACCUUCCCAAACUUUCCCCGUAUAGUGCUCUUACAUAUGUAUAGCGGUGUUUUAGGAAUCAGUCACCUUCCCGAACUUCCCCUGUGUCAUGCUCUUGCGUAUGUAUAGCAGGGCAAUCACACCCUGUAAGACCCGUGUGCAAACGUCGAUUUUACAAAAGCUUGAAAAUAUAUUAACUUCUGACCCCACGUGUAUUGACAUUUAUAUUCGUGUGCAUGUCUUUAGGAAUGAAUGCCAUCAUUCUGCCUAGGUUUACGACAGACUUCUCUUUUCCAGAUGAACUUGUUUAGUUCCCUGAAUCAUAUUGUUCGGUAUUGUAGAAAAUAGCAAUGACACAUAAUUAUCAUUAUACCACAUAAAUAUGAAAGCUGAAAUGAAAUAAUAAUUCAAUCUGAAAAUCUAAAGUAAAAUAUAUUAUCUGGGAAAGGUACUUUGGUGUCACGACAGUCGUCAUUUGUUUUAAGCCUAACUAUAGUUAAACCUCGCACAUUGUCAGUGUGGGGCAGUACAGCAACAACCUGCUAUCAAUCUCUGUUUUAUUUUCAUGAUCAUGAUCAUAUGUUAAAACAACAUAAGCGAAAAUCAUAUGUAUUAUUGUAUAGUUAGAAAAAUGUAAACCGAUGUAUAUCCAAUAAAUCUAUAAAUCUUCA